GUAAUAAAAAAAUGGAAGGAAGUUCAAGUCAGAAUGGAAGUUCUACCAAUACUGCUCCUGGUAACCUAGAAAAUAAUAACUCUCUUUCGUAUAAAACGAUUUUGUAUGAAAAUAUGUUCAACAAUCGUAUCCUUCUUAAAUUAGGAGAAGAUGGAUUCAUCACGCCUGAUGAAAAGGCAAAAGAACUUAUUAAGGAACUAUCCGAAAUAAAGUAUUUAUAUGCUCUGAAGAUGCUUUUUGAAAACUUGCAAAAUGAAUUUUCAUCUCAAGUUUUAGCAAAUUCAUUAGAAGCUUUAGUUGAUACUCCUUUUAAUCAUUAUUCAAAAGAAAGUGUUGCUAGAUUAGAAUUACAUUUAAGAGCUUUGGUUACCGUCUUAGAACGGAUAUGUUUUUCACCGAUAGUACUUAGUAAAGUACUUCGAGACAAAGUUUAUAAUUCUUUAGCAAAAUUUGCAGAAAUUCAUCGUAAAACAACUCAAGUUAUCGAAAUAGGACUUGAUAAUAAUUUUAGACGAAAUUUCAAUCAAUUCAAUCAACAAAGUAAUAAUCAAGAUGAACAAAUCAUUAAAAAGCAAAUUAUACGAAGAGUUAGAGACUUACUUAAAACUGCAUUGAAUAUUACACCAGGAAUUCUAACAAUGGCAGGAAUCAAUCUUCCAAAUGAUUGUUCAAUCUUAUCAAUGUUUACUCAAAUACGUCAAAGUUUAAGUUUUAAAUAUCCGGUAGCAUCUUAUUAUGUAGAUUGGAGAAUUAUGUUAAUAAUUCAAAAUAAUCUUUUCAUUUGGUCUGAAAGUUCUGAAAAGAUUAUUAGUAAAAAAUUUAAUGAAUUGGUACUUAUGGAUUAUAUUUGGAGCUUUUUGGAAAGAGAAUGGGGUAAUUCUGCAGACAAAUCUAUUUUAGAUUCUCAAACAAAAUUUGAUGAAGUAUCAAAUAAAGUCGUCAAGACUUUGAUAAAUGCUGGAGGCAUUUUAAAUGAUCUUUCUGGAAAUGAACCUAUUGCAUUACCACAUACUUUGUGGUUUGGAAUAUUAGACCUUGCACAAAAUCUUAUCCAAAGAUCAUCCCGAAUAGCAACAUAUGGUCUUUGUUAUUAUUUAGCAAUUGAAUCACUUAAUAAAGCACCAAGUAGUUUUAUUCAGUUUAAAUCUACUGAAUUAUUAUUACAUUUAUAUAAUAUUGAUAGUGAAAUGUUUUCAAUGAUUGAAAUUGAUUUUGAUCAAUACACACAAAAAUUAAGUGAAAAUAAUUUAGAAGAUGUUUUAGAAAAUUUCGAAACUUAUUAACUUUUGUCAAAGAGAAAUAUCAUGAAGAUUUAAAAAUUUUAAUAAUAUUGGAAAAGGAAAAGAGGGAAAAGGAAAAAGUUUAAAUCAAAAUUCAUAUUUAAAGAAAAAACAAACAGUAAAUUCUAAUAUUUUAAAUGUUAUAGCAGAUGAAAUUACUU